AUGAAAAGUUUUCAACUAUUGAAACCGGCAAACCUGCAAGUGGCCACUGGCACAACUGGAAAUGUGAUUCGAAUGGGAGACUAUCAAAGUGCACCGAUUACUGUAGGAUACCGGACGUCGGCGUCAGCUGCUAAUAUUGCUAUUGACAGAUUGAAAAGAGAAGGUUUGAUGACUGGUUGGGAGUUCAACUUCACGGUCGUAUUUGAUGAUUGCAUUGAAUCCGAAGCAGCCGGUAAAACAGUUGAACUAAUCGAACGGCACGAUGUCGACGUUAUCAUUGGACCCACUAUGAACCAACCCACUCUUGGCGCUUUCAUUGUAUCUAACUAUUACAAUCGACCAAUUAUCUCCUGGGGUUUGGUAAACGCCGCUCAACUGGAUGACGAGAACAGAUUUCCGAAUGCUGGAAUUAUGUCAGCUGGUCAAAGAAGUCUCGGAGUAGCGAUUCGGGCAAUUUUGGCAGAAUUCGGAUGGAAUCAGUUUGUUUAUGCCUAUUUCACAGAAGAGGAUGCCGAAAAAUGUGUGACAAUGAGAAAUGAUCUGCAAAGUAUAAACCAAUAUCAAUUUCAGCAAGUAGUAUCAUAUUUUGGAGAUAUCGUUCUUGCAUACUCCAUACAAGUCACUGACAUAUCUAACGAUGGGAUGAUAUCAGCUCUGAAAAAGAUUCAAUCGAGAGGACGGAUAAUCGUGACCUGCAUGAAAGAUGGUAUCGGUCUCCGUCGUAAAUGGGUUCUGGCAGCUGAAGAAGCUGGAAUGAUUGGGGAUGAUUAUGUCUACAUUUUCUCGGAUAUCAAGUCGAAGGGAUACUACGUCCCUUUACUUGGUGGUGGUGAGCGGCCAGCGUGGAUACCGUCCUCUGGAUCCGAUGAGAAUGACACCAGAGCUCUGAAAGCAUUCAAGAAGUCUAUAUUUGUUUGUGACAUGAUGGGUCAAGGGUCCAUUGCAGCCAACUACACAGUGUUUGGAGAGGAGGUGAUCGCAAGAAUGAAAGAGGCACCUUAUUUUUGUACAGAGGAUUGUGAAGGGAAGAAUUAUACUGUGGCGGCUACCUACUCUAGCCAACUCCACGAUGCCGUCUAUGCCUAUGGAACUUCUCUGGACCGAAUGUUCAAAGCAGGUCAAAUGGCAAAUUAUCGUAAUGCAAGCGCAUUCAUGAGAUAUUUCCCGCAAUCGUUUGUUGGCAUGUCUGGAAAUGUGAAUAUCAAUGAUAAAGGCACUCGAAACCCGACCCUAUUCCUUUUAUCACUCGAUGAAAGUGGAAAUAAUACACUGCGAGCAACGAUUUAUGUGGAGAAUAUGAGCGCGCUUUUGAACUUAUUUCAGACCUACUCUCCUUUGUAUACAGAUGAAGGUGUUAUGUGGAGUUCCAGAAAAGGGAAUGUGCGGCCGAAUGAUGUACCGCUAUGUGGAUUCACUGGGACUGGGUGCCCCAAAAGUUUUGUAGAGGAAUAUCUGGUCUGGGUUAUUGUGGCAGUCGUGGUAUUGUCUUUGGCUAUUAUUGCGGCAGGAUUGGGGAUCUAUUUCUCCAUUAAAGCUAGAAGAGAAGAAAUCAACCGACAGAAUCAACUAUGGCAGAUCCCAUUUAUUCAUCUACAUCAGAUAAAUUCGAAACAAAAGUCAAAAGAGCACAGUGUACGGAGUCUUCAAAGUGGAACCAGCACGAUGUCUUCCAGAACUACCGUGUCCUUUAAAACUGAAACCAGGAACUUUUUGUUCUUUAGUCUACAGAGAGAAGCAGAUUAUGAACCGGUGGUAGCCAAGAAGCAUGCGUAUCGCCCGAGAUUGGAUGAUGAACGAUGUGCAUUCAUGAGAACGCUGAGAACUCUGGAUCAUGACAAUCUCAAUAGAUUCAUUGGAUUGUGUUUGGAUGGGCCACAGAUGCUGUCUGUCUGGAGAUUCUGCUCUAGGGGGUCUAUGGCUGACGUCAUUUUGAAGGCCACUAUUCAGAUGGAUAACUUUUUCAUUUACUCAUUGAUCAAAGAUAUUGUCCAAGGACUAGUUUUUCUCCAUGGUUCAAUUGUUGGGUGCCAUGGAAUGUUGACUUCCAAGUGCUGUCUGAUUGAUGAUAGAUGGCAAGUGAAAAUCUCGAAUUAUGGUUUGAAAGAUAUACGAUCACCAGAGAUGUACGAAAAGAAAGAUCUCCUCUGGAGCGCUCCCGAGCUGCUCCGAGCUGAGGACAUCAAAGGAACCAAAGAGGGUGACGUCUACAGCUUGGGCAUAAUCUGCGCUGAACUUAUCACCCGAAAAAGUGUCUUCAACAUGGAGGAUCGUAAAGAAGACCCUGAGGAAAUAAUAUAUCUUCUCAAGAAGGGAGGAAUGAAGUCACCGCGGCCGGAUUUGGAUUACGAUCAUACCAUUGAAAUCAAUCCGGCGCUGGUUGGGAUGAGUCACAGGCUUCAUUUGAUUCGAGAUUGCUUCACCGAGCGACCUUCGGAACGUCCGUCCAUCGACACUGUGAGAUCGCAGUUGAGAGGAAUGAAUUCGAGCAGGAAUGAUAAUCUAAUGGAUCAUGUUUUCAAUAUGUUGGAGUCUUAUGCCUCGUCAUUGGAAGAGGAAGUCUCAGAGAGAACCAAAGAGUUGGUGGAGGAGAAAAAGAAGAGUGAUGUCUUACUGUACAGAAUGCUUCCAAAAACCGUUGCUGACAAGCUGAAGCUCGGACAAACCGUAGAACCCGAAACCUUCGAACAAGUCACUAUAUUCUUCUCCGACGUUGUCCAAUUUACCACUCUGGCUAGCAAGUGUACACCUCUUCAAGUUGUUAAUUUGCUCAACGAUCUCUACACAAUCUUUGAUGGAAUUAUAGAAAAGCAUGACGUUUACAAGGUCGAAACCAUCGGAGAUGGCUACCUUUGUGUCUCCGGUCUUCCACAUCGAAAUGGAAAUGAACACGUUCGACAAAUUGCUCUGAUGUCGUUGGCAUUCCUCAGUAGCUUGGAAUUCUUCAGAAUCCCACAUCUUCCAAGCGAGCGUAUCAAUUUGAGAAUCGGAAUGAACUGCGGAUCAGUUGUCGCUGGAGUUGUAGGACUCACAAUGCCACGUUUCUGUCUUUUUGGAGAUGCUGUGAACACUGCGAGUCGCAUGGAGAGUAAUGGAAAACCUGGAAAAAUUCACUUGUCCGCUGAAGCCAAUAGACUUCUGACGGAAACAGUUGGUGGAUUCGCGACAGAAUCUCGAGGAGAAGUCAUUAUUAAAGGAAAGGGGGUCAUGGAAACCUUUUGGCUCUUGGGACCAAACCAUGCUAUCCGUCCAAUGUCUUCCAGAAAACCUGUGGUGAAACCUAAAAAGGUAAUAUUUUCAGACUCGGAGAAUAAUUGGUCUAUCGAAGAACUUCAUCGGCAAGAAACACUCAAAUCGGAUGAAUUGCUCAGUGAUUAG